CAGAAUUAUGACAGGAACUGUAGUCUUCAUAAUGCUGCUGAAAUAAUCAAAGUGUGUCAUAGAUAUCAAUAUAUGUGACAUGUAUUUAUCUAUAUAUUUUAUCAUUCUUUGUGUUUUUCACCUGUCUACGGCUUGUCAGCACGGUUUGUACAAUGUUGUUGUGACUAGAUUUCUUGCCAAGAAAGGAUUUCACAGGGAUCUAAUAACAGACAUGGAAUGGAUGACGAUGGAUAAUUGUAGCCUACUGCUACAUGAAUCAAUGCCCAGGGGUUUAUUUGUAGAUUUAGAGCAAGUGAAGACUUAUGAUAAACAAUUCAAGAUAAGAAGUUCUUCCAAGGUAGAUGUUGAAGCACCUGCUCAUAAAGCUGUGGCACAAGAUUUAUGGAUAUAUCCAUCUSCGCAGCAAUAUACUUCUGUAAGGAAGGACCAUCAUAGUGUGUCAGUAAUAUUACCAGUCCAUAUAAGAUACCAUAAAGCACCACUAACUGGCCAAACAUCACAGACAGUAACCCUAGCAGCACCAAGAAUACUGGUAAAGUGUGACGGGAAAACUGUACAAGAUACUUGCCAGAUAGUCCAGACAUCAUGUCUUCCAGCUGKUACUGGAGAACAUUUAUGUGAUUGGAUAGACAUUGAACAGGAAUUACCAGAUAUUUCUUUGACAGUUCCAGUGGGUGAUGUCAAUCAUAGGGCAAUCAUCACCAUAGUAACAUUACUGUGUGCUGCUCUUGGAGCCUUAUGGGUAAUGUCAGUGACAGUGAGAUACUGAUUAGUAAGGUAGUCAACUAGAAUUAACAUGGCCCUGAACAAUUGUAGUUUCAAAAUAUUUAAAAAUAAUAUUAUAUUAUAUAUUUUACAUGUUUAUUAUAAAAAUUCUAAUACAUCAAGAAUUGUAUUGCAUGUGAAUGUCAUAGUUAGUUUAGAAAUCUUUAGAAAAAGGUGUAACAUAUAUCAUAAUAUAUWAUUCUGCUAAAAAUUCAUUAGGUUAACACAAUGGAUUCAUUGCCAUGACUGAAUCUUUGUAUGAGCAAGAGAUUUGUCUUUAUUUGCAUAGUACUUUAACUUUAACUAGCAAAAUAUGCUUUUAAAAGUUAUGCUCAAAUUUGAUCAAAUAUUUGCAUSCAACCUUUUGGGGGCUUUAAAACUGCUUGUCUGCAGCUGUGGUAAUUUUAUAUGACCACAAAGGUCUCCCUCUUAUAUUUUAUGACUUAAAUAAUAAAUUAAUCUAACUUUUGGUGGAAAUUACUAUGCAUGUUUUAAUUCAAAGUUUCAGUUUAACAUAAACUUUGACAUCCCUUUGUUUAUUGAUURCAGAAGAUUAUACAUUC